AUGGAGCAACGUCGGCUACAGCUAGCUAAUAAAAUGAUCGCCACAGCUGCACGCUCUCGUGAUCCAAGUCCUGCGCCAGUGCAGCAAAUUAAACAAUCGCUAGGUGGCAACAAACAGAACAAUACCGUUGAUCAAAAACAGCGAUUUACGAGCUCGAUCACUAUCAAAACUGGGACAGGUGUACGCUCGCGUGAUCCUAGCCCGGCUGAAGCGAGAAAAAUUCCAACGCUCAAUAAUAAUGCAAGCAAAGUGCGCUCCCGAGACCCCAGUCCCGCUGACCCGAAAAGAACCACAGCGUCUUUGAGUGCACGAACAUCCCGUAAAAAUAAUGAAACAGGUAUAGCAAAGCCAUCGACAUUUGGCACUGGACGAAAAACGCGCGAUCCCAGCCCAGGAAUUGUCAAUAAGGUGCGUAGUCGAGAUCCCAGUCCGGCAACGGUUCCACGUCGUACUUCACGAGAACCAAGUCCAGCGGAGUCUGUGCGCGAAAAGUAUGGACUGGGAGGUUCGGGAGCGUACCGUCCAUAUGGACGAUCGAACAGUGCACUCGGAGUAGGUAAUCGAUUUGGAGCCAGUGCUAGUCCCGUUCCUAAAAGUCCAAUCGCAGACCUUGCAUUAUCGUACAUGACAUCUAGUGAGGCAAUAGCAUCUCGAACAAGUCGUCCUUCAUCGAGGUUGCGUCUAAGCUCGCAAUCUCGAGAACCUUCCCAAUGCUCGUCACCGUUGACCGCAAGUCAGAUCUUUUCACCGGAACCACGCACAGCAUCAAACGAUGAACAGAAACGGGAAGGAUCAAGUUCGUCGGAAACUACCACCACAAGCUCGUCGUCUGAAGAAUCAUCAGAGGAAACGGAAAGCAGUACUGAGCCAGAGCCAAAGAUAUUCAUUGAAAUAACGCUGGUAACGCGCGGUACAUCUCCGACACCACCAGGUGCAACUCCGUUCAUAAGAGCCCGCAGGGCAGAAAUGUGUAAAACGAUUGAAAAAACUAUACAGAAGCAGCUGCUCCUAGUCGAAACGGCUGACAAGCAGAUUCAGUCGGAUCGAAUGGACGAUCCAACGAAAUAUUUGCGCUAUGGGCAACCUUCCACACGUAGCUGGUCACCGUUUAUAGAGCCAAAGUAUGCCUCAUCCUCCCCGACACUUGGGUACACGCGUUAUUCGAGUGCAUCGUCCCGGUAUAGCCGUGAUAGUCCCAGUUUUAGCCGCGAAACAAGUGUUAGCUCAUCGAAGAGUGACGUACCUGAAAAACGCGAGCUAUCCACGCUAGCUGCUAGAGUGAAGGAGCUGAGUUUAUCGAAAUCCAAUAGCUCUAAAUCCACGGGCAGUCGAUCGUCUACUGGAAGCGGUCCAUCUGGAAAGCAGAAAACUCCUCCGAAACAGAAAUCACCCGAAAAGCCUCCUCCUGCACCGGCCAAGGACAGUCCAUCUCCUGUUAGAUCGGUGGCUAACAAGGACUUCCGCAAGUCAGCACUUAACAUGGGUCCAGCACCUGAACGACCCCGCAAAUCGUCCACAUCGUCAAGCAAAUCGUCCAGCUCAUCGGCAUCCACGGCAACACCAGUUGCUGAAACGAAUGGUUCAAGCAGUCGCAUUCCUCACGUAAGGCAGCAAAAUGGAUCGAAGGUUGUUAAACGUUCCGAUCGAUCCUCAUCCACCAGUUCGGAGGAGACGAGUAGUGGCAGUGGCUCCUCCGGAACAGAUACCGAUCGUGAACAGUCGAUCACCCGAACAGCCCCGAACGAACAGGAAGAUCUUAGUGCCGCGACGGACGCUUCGAACGCGAAUAAUGAGCUGCUAUUGCGUGCCAUUCAAUUGGCAACGAAUUUUGUAAACAAUCAAAAUCGCAGCGCGACUAGCUGGUAUGAUAACGCCAGCACAACGAGCAUGUCUGAAAGUUUGGCAGCGGAUCCGAAUGGAAAAUCAGGCUGGGAGGCAGGAACACAUUACAUGGAAAGUAUAAAGGACGAUUCCAGCAAUGAGGAGGACGAUGGCGAUGAAGCUGACGAGAAACAGCAAAACAACGAAGGCUGUGAAGAAGAUCAAAAGUCAAACUCAGGCUACCAACAAGCGAUGUGGUGGAGGCGUUCGGGUAACUUUGAGCAAACGGCAACCGUACAGGAUACGGUUCCGAGUGCUCGUAGCUUUACGUACCGGAUCAGGCGCGUUGAGUCCGGUGAAAAGCCAUGGUGGUUAUCAGAGGAUGACAACAAACCGGUUCCUGAACUGGAACCGGGUACGACGGGACGCUCCAGUACGGCUGGGCAGGAUAUGGCUGCUGGUACGGAGAUGACGACCGAUGAUGGGCGUACUACUGCAACGAGCAUAUUCGAGAGUCAAGCGUUGAGUCCCUUCCGGCCGAUCAGGGUAACGCGAGUGGAGUCCGGCGAACGGGCAUGGUGGAUGAAGAGCACCGAGAACGUAGCCGCCAAAUCAUCCGGUGAGCGAAGCAAACAGCCCAGCAAAGAACAAACUCCAGAAUCAGUCGGUGGGGGUAAAAAGAGUCCUGGUUAUACGGUGUUUAAGCUCGAAGCAGAAGAUGAAGCGUGGUGGGAACAGGCCAUGGCUGAUGUGUCGCGCAAGCAGACCUCUAGUAGCAGUCAAAGCAGCACAUCUGCAAGUGAAGAGCCAUCGAAGGAGCCUACCCCAGAACCGCGAAACCAAGGUAUCACGCUUACUCGAGUCGUUUCGGGAGAGAAGGCCUGGUGGUUGUAUAGCUCAGAUAAGGUGAACGAGCAGGUGAACGCGGCUGUGACAGCAGACGUUGGUGAGAACGGUGUCGAUAGCAAUGAGUCGAUUCGUGAGUGCAGUCCGGUGAAAGCGAAACCAUUCAAAAUAACGCGUAUCGAGUCGGGUGAGCAGCCCUGGUGGAUGUUGGAAACCUCAGAUGCACCCGUGUCACGUUCGGGAUCAAAAUCGAACGUAGUAAGCCGUUCCAAUAGUUUCAAUUCCAAAGCGAGUGGCAAGCAAACCAGUCCAACCAAGUACCGUAUAACCCGCAUCGAAUCGGGAGAAAGGGCAUGGUGGAUGAGCAGUGAAAGCCCGGACGAGGGUGCUGGAAGUCCACGCAAGCUAUCUUCCUUCGUGGAGCAGCACGGCGAAGAGGAAGCCGAUCUUCAAAACGAAGACAUUGAGGCGCAGGUGGAGCAAGAGCUGCAAAGCAUCACCAGUUUUGUGGCCGGCUUGCCCAAAUUCCCUACGGGCGAUUACACAAUCGAGCCGAUGACUAGCGAAACGCCACCACUAGGCGAUCGUGCUAGUCCGGAAGGAGAGGCUGGCGGUCGAGCUUCCCCGUACGAUAACAUUCCCUCGACGAUGAUCCCUCCAGUGCAAACGAGCGUCCAGACGCUUCCGAUCGUAACGAUGGACAGCGGCACGACUGUUGCGCCAGACGGUGGUGGUUUUAGCACACGGAAGGACACCCAGUCACCCGUGUUUAUUUCGCGUCAUACCAACAUUGACGAUCUGCUGGGUGGCUCUUGCCAUCCACUCAGUCCUAUGAUGGACAGGAUGUUUAUUAUGGAUGACCUGCAGGAGAUCACUCCAAAAGACGUUCGAGUACACGACAGUACACCGCAGUUCAUCGAUUACGCCGGACAGAAAAGGGAGCAAACGACGGGCGCGUUUUAUAAGCGAAUCUUUAACUAA